ACCGUUGACUUCCGUGCGUUAUCAAUUCGCGAGUUAUUUCAGUGCAAGUGCAACAGCUGGUCUAGAAUUUCCAGAACUCCCGGAGGAAUUUAACCCCUGGGGGAAUUCCUCUGGUGCCGCACUGAGGAAAUCAUUGUGACUUUGUCGAGGGAAUUCGAUAAUGUCGGAGUAAAUAUGCGGAGUUUAGGGGCUUGAUAACGCUAGUGAUAACGUGGUUAAUGGGAUUAGCCAUUUUUUAAGAAUUCUGAUUUGUCGGGAAUUAUGGAGACGAGGGAGAUGCACCUGGAGACGACGAAGGAGUCGUAUGGAAGUGUUAAUAGAGAGGAGCGUUUGGAGAAUGAAAAUGUCGGCUGGAGAUUCUGGAGAAAACGACGAUUUGUCGUGGGUUUUCUCGCAUUUCUGGGAUUUUUUAUAUCCUACAUCCUUCGAGUCAACUUGAGUGUUGCAAUUGUCGCAAUGACAUCUAAGUCUGCCGAGCAUGAGCCUGAGUUCGACUGGGACUCGAAACUCCAGGGGCUCGUCCUGAGCUCGUUUUUUUAUGGAUAUAUCAGCACGCAAUUUCUGGGUGGAUGGCUCAGUGCGAGGAUGGGAGGAAAGAAAAUAUUUGGUCUAGGUAUAGCAUCGACAGCCCUUCUCACGAUAAUCACUCCACCCUUGACCAGGGUCAGUGUCUACGUCCUCGUCGCCCUGAGGGUCAUCGAGGGAGUCUUCGAGGGGGUGACUUACCCCUGCAUCCACUCGAUUUGGGCCUACUGGGCCCCUCCCCUGGAGCGAUCAAAACUGGCGACUCUGGCAUUCUCUGGCAGCUUCGUAGGUACAGUAUUUGCGAUGCCAGCAUCGGGCCUGAUGGCUGAAUACUGGGGCUGGCCCUCAGUUUUCUACGUCUUCGGGGUCUUGGGACUCAUCUGGUUCGCCUUCUGGUGGUAUAUCGUCGCCGAUAAACCAGAAGACGAUCCCAGGAUCACGAGAGAGGAGUUGGAGUACAUCAAGGCAUCCUUAGGACACACCGACAGAGCACAAGUGAGACACCCGUGGAGGGCAAUCCUGACAUCUCCACCGGUCUGGGCGAUAGUGGCAGCUCAUUUCAGUGAAAAUUGGGGAUUUUACACAAUGCUGACACAGUUACCCACAUUUAUGAGUGAUGUCCUGAAUUUCAAACUGGAGAAGACAGGAUUUUUGUCGGCUCUUCCGUAUCUCGUCAUGGCGAUUGUCCUCCAAUGCUCUGGACAAUUGGCGGAUUAUUUGAGGACAAAGAAUGUCCUGUCGACGACACAGGUGCGGAAAACCUUCAACUGCGGGGCUUUCCUCUGCCAGACAGUCUUCAUGAUCCUCUCGGCCUUCGUAGGGUCACCAAGUGCUGCUGUAGCUUGUAUAACAGUUGCUGUAGGUCUUGGGGGCUUUGCCUGGUCCGGAUUCAGUGUCAAUCAUCUGGAUAUCGCACCCCAGCAUGCCAGUGUUCUCAUGGGUAUAGGAAAUACCAUUGCAACUCUUCCUGGAAUUGUCAGUCCGAUCAUCACCGGCUACAUCGUCCGGGAUAAGAGUCCCGCGGAGUGGAGGAUCGUCUUCAUCAUCGCCGGGAGUAUAUACCUAAUAGGUGCAAUAAUUUACGGUCUCUUUGCAUCCGGAGAGAGACAGAAAUGGGCGGAAGACCGGAAGAAAAAGGAUCUUCCCUUGUACAUCAACGAAGGACUCGAAGUCGACGAUAUUGUUAAAUAAACAAAUACAAUCUACUCAAUAAAUAAUAUCCCACCUCUAAAAGACGUAUUACUUCCCCAAU